AUGAAAAGCACCAGCCCCAUUGAGCGAAGUCUCCCAUAUAAUGGUUCGCUAGAUGCCGAGGAACAUGGUUUCGAACAGAGAUCAUGGAGUUUUCGCCUUUCAGCGCUGUAUUCGGAUAAUUUAAUCGCAAAGGUGCUUCGAACCGCCGCUGUUUAUUUGGAGAAUAACAAGGAAAUACCGAGCCAAUAUCCAGAAAUAGUGCCUCAAAACGGAAUCAACCAGGGAAAAUGGGAGUCUCGGGAGAUUGACUUUUGGACGAGCGGCUUCUUCCCCGGUUGUAUAUACUCUGUUCUUGAGACUUGCAUCAGGUAUCCUGGCAAAUCUGGUCUCCCUCAUGGAGCAAUUAAUCCACAAAUCGUUGUCAGGGAGCUUGCAGAAAGUGGCCGCCGAUGGUCUGAUCCUCUAAAAGGCCAGGCUCUACGGACAGACACUCACGAUCUUGGUUUCGUCAUUUUGCCAUCGAUGAGGCCUCGCUGGGAGCUCUUCCACGAUCAGGAUGCUCUCAAGACAAUCAUACAAGCUGCAAACAAUCUGGCAUCACGUUUUGAUGACAGAGUCUCAGCAGUCCGAUCUUGGGAUACCUUUGAUUGGCAUGACAACGUCAACAUUACCUCCCAGGAAGAUAACUUCCUGAUCAUCAUCGAUUCCAUGGCCAACAUGGAACUGCUUUUCUAUGCUGCUGCACAGUCGGGCGAUGGGCGCCUGGCUGAUAUUGCCGUGGCGCAUUCCCGUACUUUGAUGAGAUCCCACCUACGCAAAGAGACUUGCGUUCGGAAGGGUUAUCAAGGAGAGUUAUAUAGCACUCCUCAUCUUGUCAACCUUGACCCCAGAACUGGUCUAAUCAAGGAGACCCGCACGGCCCAAGGGUACAGUGACAGCUCUACUUGGAGUCGUGGGCAGUCUUGGGGCAUCCUGGGUUACGCGCAGGCAUACCAAUGGUCGGGCCAUGGAGAAUUUCUAGAAGCGGCAUGUGGCCUGGCUGAAUACUUCCUACUCAGACUGGAAACUGCCCCAGACUCUGUCGACAGAUUUACUACCAAUGGGACCAAUAAACCAAGGAAACUAGGCAGAUUCGUUCCACUCUGGGACUUUGACGCUCCGAUUGAGAAUUCGAAGAAUCCCCUCAGAGAUGUUUCCGCAGGACUAAUUGCUGCCAACGGAAUGGUGAUCCUUGCACAGUGCUUCACAGCACUUGGAGAUCACCAACGAAACGCAAGAUACUUGGACGCGGCACUGAUCAUAGUUGAAGAUACUCUCAACUUAGCAUUGGCUCGUGAAAAGGCUCACGUUAUGGAAACAGAUAGCGAGCCUUUUAAGAUUAACAUCUCUGGGGUAGGAGAACGAUUUGAUGCCAUCUUGAAGCAUUCUACAGUAUGUUACAAUUCAUUCAGCUUUAGGAAGAAUAAGGCACACGACCACGGGCUAGUCUAUGCAGACUAUUAUCUUCUUACUUUUAAGAACCGAUUGUUACAGAUGGGAAUUAUAUAA